UAAAUAUGCUCGAGAAUGUUUCGAAACGUUCCAUUUGGUGAAAUUUCUUCAGUCAGAGAUUGGCUGGGUAUAAAUGGCUCUGUUGGCAAACCUCCACUGGAAAUUAAGUCUAGACCAGUCAAUGGAUUUGAUUGUAAAAGAACUGAAGUAAGUGGGAAACGAUUCUGGGGAUUGUUCAAGAAUUUAUGUGGAGAACCAAACAAUUUUUUUGAAUCUAGUUUUGUAUAUAAUUAUUUACCAGAACAAUGGAUGAAGAAUAAUGGAUGCAAUUUGACUCCUGGUGAUUUCAAGGCCGCAGAAAUAGAUUCAUUAUAUCACAUAUGUGAUCCAAUAUUCAAAAAAGUUCUCGAACUUUAUGAUGUACACAUCAUAGUGGCGAUCGGAAAAUUUUGCGAAUUACGCGCACAAAAAAUUCUGGACAAGUAUUCAUUUCGAAAUAAAAUACAGGUAAUAUACAUGCCACAUCCAAGUCCAAGAGCUGUAAACAAUAAUAACUGGGACGACAAAGCACUUCACUGUUUAAAAGAAAACAAUUUAUUGCACUUUUAUCAAGGAUUUGCUUGAAAUUGUAUCGUUAAAAGAUUAAGUCGAAUAUGGUUGAUCAUAUGAGAAGGUGUCUUGAAUUAGCAGCUGAAGCUCUGGCUCUUAAAGAGGUGCCUGUUGGUUGUGUAUUCACAGUUAACGGACAAAUUAUUGCAGAAUCAAAAAACAGUGUAAACGCCACACACAACCCAACUAGACAUGCGGAAAUCAACUGCAUUGAUCAAAUUCUAGAAUACUGUAGAUUAAACAACAUCGAUUACAAGCUAUAUUUCAAGAACGUAAUUGUGUAUGUGACCGUUGAACCGUGCAUAAUGUGCGCGGCAGCGCUCAACAAUCUAAACAUCCGUGAGGUGGUAUAUGGUUGCCCCAAUGACAGGUUUGGCGGAAAUACCGUUUUAGAUGUCAGUAACUUUUAUGAACAAAAUUAUAUUUUAAAUGGAAACUUGUUGGCAGAUGAAGCUAUGAUGUUGCUCAAAGAGUUUUAUAAAGGGAUAAACCCUAAUGCCCCUGAAUCAAAAGUGAAGAAAGAUAAAAAAGUUUAAUUUAAUUAAAAUAUUGUCGAAGACUUCCUAAAGUGAAGAAAAGUGUAAUUUAAACGUAGAGAAUUAUACAAUAUUAGUCUAUUAAAGAUUGUCCACAUAAAACUUCAGUUUUAUCAACAAUUUUUUUUUUUAAUUGAAGUUGAGAUUACUAUAGUCGCCAAACUGAAUUUUUUUAGUGUAUAUGAUCUGAUUUUUUAAUGUACAUGCACAAUACAAGUAAUUACUGUGAGUUCACUAUUUAUCAAAAGUAUUAAAAAGGCUCAUAUGAUUUUUGUACGAUAAAUCCUUAUCAUGUUGAUACUGAUUAUACAAAUAUAAGUGAUAUACUGUU